AUGUCCAAACUCUUCAGAAUUGACUGCGGCUUCCAAAAUUAUGACUGGGGCAAAAUCGGUUCUUCCUCUGCCGUGGCCCAGUUCGCUGCCAAAUCCAACCCAAACACCAAUAUUGAUGAGUCCAAGCCUUACGCUGAGCUCUGGAUGGGAACACAUCCUUCUGUUCCUUCUAAGGUAGUUGAUGACGAGACGCUCUCAGGUAAAGUCUUGAGAGAUGUGGUGUCAUCAGACGCGACCACCUACUUGCAUCCAUCUGUGGUCGAGAAGUUUGGCUCCGACAAGGAGUUGCCCUUCUUAUUCAAAGUCUUGUCGAUUGAAAAAGUGUUGUCGAUCCAGGCUCAUCCAGACAAGGCGUUGGCCAAGCAGCUCCAUGCUAGUGACCCUAAGAACUACCCUGACGACAACCAUAAGCCCGAGAUGGCCAUUGCCGUGACAGACUUUGAGGGUUUCUGUGGGUUCAAGCCUUUAGACCAGAUUGCCGCUACUUUGAAAGCAGUGCCUGAGCUAUACGAGAUUGUUGGUAACAAAAUCGCACAGGAGUUCAUCAGCGGCAUCAAGUCGGACGUCGAGGUUGGCUCAGAAGAGGAUAAACACAACAGAAAGCUUCUCCAAAAAGUUUUCGGUGCAUUGAUGAAUACUGACGACAAGACGAUCGAGGAAAAAGCUACUUCGUUGGUGCACAAGGCUGAGACCAACCCAGAGGUGUUUGAUCAAUUGGCACCUAACUUGGCCAAAUUGAUCCUCAGAUUGAACAAACAGUUCCCCAAAGACAUUGGUCUUUUUUGCGGAUGCUUGUUGUUGAACCACGUGUUGCUCAAUGUCGGCGAAGCCAUGUUCUUGCAAGCUAAAGACCCUCACGCCUAUAUUUCUGGUGAUAUCAUAGAGUGCAUGGCUGCGAGUGAUAAUGUUGUGAGAGCUGGAUUCACGCCGAAGUUCAAGGACGUUAAGAACUUAGUGGAUAUGUUGACAUACUCUUACGAAUCAGUUGAGAAGCAGAAGAUGCCUUUGUUACCAUUUGACCGCUCGAGAGGCGACGCUGUCAAGUCUGUCUUGUACGACCCACCUAUCGCCGAAUUCGCAGUCUUGCAAACGAUCUUCGACAAGAAGGCUGGUCAGAAGCAAGUGUUUGACGAGUUUAAUGGCCCCUCAGUGGUAAUUGCCACCAACGGUAACGGCACCAUCAGGAUUCAGGGCGGCGAGGAGGACCACAAGGUGGAGAAAGGUUACGUCUACUUCGUUGCACCCAACACGGCCAUCGAGUUAGAGUCAUCUUCUACAGAUGAGCCCUUCACAACAUACAGAGCAUUUGUUGAAGCAUAA